UCUUACUUCACAUCUCUUCCGUGAAAGGACGCGAACAAAACACAUUUAGGACUCGGAGGGAUACAGUGAGAUUUACUCACUAAUAUUUUAUAGAAACCCCCUCGUUUACUUUAUUACUUGCAUAAUAUCGCGGGUGGUGCGCAAUAGUCAGUUAUUAAAGUGUAUUUUUUAAAUUACUGAGCGUUUGGAAGUUCCUGAGUUCAGAGGGUUGUGUGAAUCACUGCGCAAGCAGGAUGAAUGUCGAUGCUGCCCAGGCAGCGCCGAGCGGAGCAGCGAGCACGAACUCCUCCACCCCGAGCAGCAGCAGCAGCAUGAACUGUGUCCCAAACAGCAACUCCGCCGCUAAUGUCAGCAGUUUACCUCAAACUGGCAGCACUACUGUUCCGACUUCAGCUGCCAUGGCAACGCCAUCAUCAGACUCCUCAGUGUCCAACGGGCUCUACGUACCAACAGGAUUAGCCAACGGUGAUGUUAAGCCCGUCAUCUCUAGCACACCACUGGCUGAUUUCUUGAUGCAGCUGGAAGAUUACACACCCACAAUCCCAGAUGCAGUUACAGGAUAUUAUCUUAAUCGAGCAGGAUUUGAAGCAUCGGAUCCAAGGAUAAUCCGACUGAUCUCAUUGGCGGCCCAGAAGUUUGUCUCUGACAUUGCUAACGAUGCACUGCAGCACUGUAAAAUGAAGGGUACUGCGUCUGGAAGCUCCCGGAGCAAGACAAAGCAGGAUAAGAAGUACACGCUGACGAUGGAGGACCUGACCCCAGCUUUGUCCGAGUACGGCAUCAACGUUAAAAAACCCUACUACUUCACGUAAAAAAAAACAAAACCAAUUGUACUUUGAAACGAACUGCUGAAAGUAACAUGGCUCCAUAAAUAGGUGUCCACACUGUAGACAUUUUAACAGCGAGAACCUUUGGUUCAUGUGACAGAGCAGAAAGCGUGCUGUCUUUUCAUUUAUUUACCAAUUUAUUUUAAGCUUUUUUUUUUUGGUUAGUUUUUUUUUUUUUUUUUUUUGCUUAACAACAGAUUAUAAUUCAUUACACAUCUGUAAUAUUGGUUUAAUGGAAAUAAACAGAAUUGUCACUUA